GAUAUAUGAAUAAUUCGUUGGCUAGAUAACAGGCAGUGACGUAGCUAGAGGUAGAUGUAAUCCGAGGCAGAUUUGACAUAUUUCAGAAACCAUGAGUACAAACGAAGAUGCAUAUGACUAUGUGAAUGAAUUAGAUGAACACGGGGACCAAACGCCUUUGCUUUUAUAUAUCUGGGGAUCCUUACGUGCACUUGUAGGGGAUACCAUGCGUCGUAUAACGUCCAGGAUACCCUGGGGAUCAUUACGAGCAUAUGUAGGGAAUACCAUGCGUCGUAUAAUGUUCAAGAUACCGGGCGUAUGGACUGUCGGUGUGCCAUUUAUCGCCAUAAGUUACAUAUUCUUGAGGGUUUGGAAGAGAGCACCAUGUACAAAAUGUAGUGAUUUACAGAUGGAGGUAGAUGUUCUAUCGAAGAAGAUUGACAGUUUAAUGAAGUUUAGACAGGAGAAUGAUAUGUUGAAAAACAAGAUUGAUGACUUUUGAGAGCAUAGUUCGCAAAUGAUGGAAGAGAGUGGGUCACUGGAAAACACAAACGACGAACUCUCAAACACCCGGCUUGCGGAACGCUUUGAUGGAUCUCUGAAGCAAAGAUGGAUUGAUAUAUGCGAAUCACUUGGAGACGCUUUCACCGAAAUUCAGUAUCUAAACAAUCUGUCUUACGUUAUGCAGUUGGUUUUCAACGAAUGUUCUCUGACUGUUGAGGGGACGGAGAAACCUAUGUUACAGCUAGCCAAAUAUGCCAAUGAGGACAAGAAUAAGGUGCGACACUCCCUACGAGUUGUUCGAAAACCAAUUGGCCAGAAACAGACGACACGAGAUUGCGUUGUUAAAGAUAUAGUCGCUAGAGUGAAAACGGAUGAUUGUGUGAAUGAUUUAUUAACAAACCACAACUUGCCUGGCGCCACAGUCGCAAAUAUUCAAAUAUUUCUUAAUGAUUUGGUGGACAUUUGCUGGCUGAUGUGUAUUGCUAACCCACCUUUAAAACUGAACUUUGAAGUCAAAGGAGUUGAAUACAAACUUGUUAGCCAGCGAUUUAUGGAAUUCGCAACUACUUGGAACAACACAUAUUCUGAUGGAAACCCCGGUGCAGUUUAUCUUGUUGCUUGGCCUGCAGUUGAACGCGAGGACAGCAAGGGCAACGGUGGGUUUUUGAAAAAAGGCGAAGCUAUUGUGUGUCGAUAAAUCGGAAAAUAUUGACAGAUAAUGGCUUUAAUUAUUCCGACAGUAUUCAUGUGUUCGUUAAAAAAAUUACCUGUUUGGAAUAAAAGUAAAACAUAUACACUCAACAUAUUAUAUAACAUAUUUCAUUUACUACUUUAUACUUUGUUAGUUUUAACCUGUUAAUUAUACUUGCUAUGAUUGUUAUUAUAUUAUUAUUGUUGUGAAUAUUAUACAUUUCCGAAUAGGAAAUGUGUGUGUGAACUGUUCAAAUCCUAAAUAAACGUAGUUUUGUUUUACAAAAAGCCAACGUGUUUUA